AUGGAGCAUUGGAGCAAGACUUCUUCAGUGGAGCCCUUACCUCUAGGAGGAUGGAAGAAUAAGCGAAAAAUGGAGGAAAUUGGUGUAACUACCGCUGAUGAAUGCCAUUUUCCUAAUAUCAAAGUUCACGAGGGUCAAAAGAUUUUCCCGGUGGUGCGAGUCCCACAUGGAGUUUUCAGAAGACCAGUUGAUAUUCCAAGUAGUGCCAGCAACCGUGAAGCUUCAGAUCACGUGAAGUCUCCAAGGUUCAUAAGAAACCUGAUUUCUACUCUUGAAAAUGGAGUAAAUCAGAAAGUACCGGCUGAAAAAGCUCGAAGUAUAUCAAGGGCAGAAGCAAAUGUUUCUGGAAGAAUUUUUAAUAGUCAUGAAGAAACUGGAGAUGACCACCAAAGCAUCCAUAAAAGCUUCAUCACAAAUGAUUUUUCCAGGUCAUCCAUGGCGCCCGGCACCUCUACUACGAAAACUGCUCCUGAUCAUGGAAAUAAGUACCCAAAAAAUGUUGUCAAGGCCAGGCAAAAAGUGAUGGAGAUUUUAGAAGAAUUUCGAGCUUAUUGUGACCAUCUAUCGAGGAUGAACAACGACAAGAAGUAUGAUAACAAAAAUCGGGUAUACUCCUUAGCUGCAAGGAUGACCAAAGAGAAAUUUCGUCACUAUCAGGACAGGCCCUUCUUAGGACCAGUUCCUGGUGUGGAAAUUGGAGAUCAAUUCCGCUGCAGGAUGGAGCUUAACGUUGUAGGCCUUCAUCAUCCUUGGCGGGGAGGGAUUGAAUAUAUGAAUGAUGGAGGAAGAACUGUAGCCACCAGUAUUGUGGAUUCUGGGAGUUAUGAAAACUACAAGCCUAAUAAAGAUACGUUGAUAUAUUGUGGUCAAGGAGGGCAUAAUACAAAUGCAAAUGUGGGGCUAGAAAUAGCUGAAGAUCAGAAGCUGGAAGGGGGAAAUUUGGCAUUGUUCAAUAGCAUAAGGACAAAGAAUCCUGUGAGAGUGAUAAGGGGACAUAAGGUAUUAAGGGCCUCUAUGACUUACUUCUAUGAUGGAUUGUACACGGUUGAGAAAAUGUGGGAAGACAAAGGUUUACAAGGGAAGAGGAUUUUCAAGUUCAAGUUAGUGAAAAUGCCAGGACAAGUCAAGCAUCCUUGCUAA